AGCGAAUUAAUCCACAUCUAAUUGUGAAAGCGUGUCGCGCUUUCAACGAAUGAAAUCCCAACUCGCUCUUAUCAAUUAUAUCGUUUAUCACGGCAUAUACUUAUCGAACUGUCACUAAAUCGCAUUAAUCGCCGCAAUAAGCUCGACCGACCUCUUACAAAAUUUAAUCUUAUAUUUGCGGUCGCGCGCGCUGCGGCCGAACAACCGGAUAUGUCGGCUUUGCCGGACUUAUAGAAGCGGCUGAUGAUAUCGCGCUUCAAACAGUCGUGUAUACGCCAUCAUCGAAAAUACACACGAAAUCGAAACGCGCGUUCUAAGUGCGUUAUUUUGUUCAAGAUCGUCAAUAAUUUGUGUUUUCCUCUUACGUGACAAACAAAAGUGUUCGAGUUGUACGCGUGCGAUAACGAGACGUAAAAACCAGUGACGAAGCGCGUGGCAAAAUCACGAGAGAGAUUAACACACGAGAGUGUUUUGAUCGAUCAGUCGGAAAAAAAAAAAAAAAAAAAAGAAUCAACAAUCAUCAUGCGUCUAUGCGAUUUUCUCUUUUACACCAUGCUGAUAUCGUUGGUUCGCUGUUUCCCGACAUGGCAACCGAUCCGUCGAACGCAAGGAUUGUUGAUUGUGCGGCUUUCGCCAAUGAGCACUACUUGGCAAGAUGUAACGAACGCGUGGAGAACGGUGCAUAAUCCCGCAUUGAAAGCGCCGCAAGUGCAAAUCUACAUGCUGAAAGGUCACGUUUCGCCGGACCAGAACUGGGCGUACAGCAACGAGUAUAAAUACUCGAACCAACAUUACGAAGAAAUCGCGGCGAAGAAACCGUCCACGACCGACUACAAAAUAACGAAAACUCCCGACUCAGGAAAUCGUGUUGACGUUGAGAAAAACAAAGGAAAUCCGUCAUUCGAAUCAAGGAACAUUAUCGAUCCGCCCAUACACUGUGCCGACGGAUACGCACCGGACUCGAAUAACAUAUGCAGAGAGCGACUAGAGUAACGUAAAAGACGAAAGGAGCUGACAAAUGUGCGUCCUGCGUGAAGAUGAAGAUCCACGCGAUGAUCAUCGCACAAAACAGUAAACGUUUCCUAUUUCUCUCUCCUUUCGAUUCAAAGUUUUCAAAUAGAUUUUGACAAAACAAAUACGAUAAGCUACGGUAUAAACUAUGAUUAAUAAUUCAUUAAACUAAUUAAGAAUCCAAUACAUAAAUUACGUGUUUAACUUAUACAAUAAACGGAUUGCAGAUGUAAAUUAUGACUGGCUAAUUAAAUUAAAUUAAUAUCGGGCA